AUGCCAUCAUCAACUAACGAGUUUGCCAAAGCCGAAAGGGAAUUGGUAGAGGAGCAACAAUUACAAGAAAAAAUUGUAAACGAAGAGUUUAAGAUCUGGAAAAAAACAGUGCCUUUGCUCUACGAUUUUAUACACACAUUUGCUUUGGAUAGCCCUUCGUUGGUGUUUCAAUGGUUGCCAACAACCAACGUCUCUCAAUCAGAUUUGGAGUUAAAAUUUUUGAUAGGGACAAACACAAUCAAUAAAGCCGACAACUAUUUGAAACUAGCUUCAAUAAACUUGCCUUCGACUUUGGUGGGUGCAACCGAGAGUAUUCCUGUUCCAAGCGAUGAUAUAGAUACAUCAAAUUUUAAAGUUAUUACUCAAUGGAAACAGAGCCAGGAAGUUAAUAAAUUGAAAGUUUCACCUAAUGGUAGUCUAGCAGUGGGAUUCAAUGCAGAUGGUGUUCUUCGUAGUUAUAACUUGGACAACUUUGACUCCGUUGAUUAUAAGUACCACAAGCAAGGCGGUAUAGCAUUAGACUGGGUGGAUAAUAAUGGGUUCUUAUCUGGGUCAAAUGAUUCACAGAUUGCAUUGUGGCAAGUUGACAAGCCAUCGACUCCAUUGCAAUUGUUCAAAGGACAUCAUGGUGCUAUCAAUGAUAUCUCUUACGUUAAGGAAAAGCACUUGUUUGGAUCUGUUAGUGAUGACUCAACUACUCAGUUUCAUGAUUCAAGAGUUAACUCUGCGGAUAUCAAUCCGGUGAUAACAGUUGAAAAUAGCCAUAUUCAAAAAUGUAUUCAGUUUCAUCCAGAUAUACCAACAUUGUAUGCGACUGGUGGUAAAGAUAAUGUGGUUUCGUUGUAUGACAUGAGAAACUAUAGCACCCCUUUCAGAAAGUUUUAUGGUCAUAAUGACAGUGUCAGACAAUUGCAAUGGGACUGGAACAACCCUGAUAUUCUUGUAUCUUGUGGAUUGGACAAAAGAAUUAUAUUUUGGGAUUUGAAAAAUCUCGAUGAGGAUUUCACUUACCCUGAUGCAAUGUCUAAUGGGAAAGAUACUAAUUCAAAGAAAAAGCAAGCAGUCAAGACUGAUCCAUGUUUGAAAUACGUUCACGGUGGCCAUACUAGACGAACAAACGACUUUGAUAUUCAUCCAAAAAUCAAGAAUAUUUUCGGUAGUGUUGGUGAUGAUAAAUUAUUGGAAAUUUGGAAACCAAAGACCUUACCAAGUGAUGAGCCAGAACAAGAAUCUGCAGAUGUACAGGAAGAUGAAGAGAUGAAAGAUGCUGAUGCCAAAGGUGACAAGGAAGGAGAAGAGGAUUCAAAAAUGAAAGAUUAG